AUGCUUUCCCCCCAAAAUGUAAGUGGUAGGCAGUGGCGGAUCCACGUUGGGACAAGAGGGGUCGGACGACCCCUUGGAAUGCUGGAAAGUUGGCAAGGGACUCCAUUGAAGCCCCCUUGGAUAGCUGCUGGAAGCCCCCUUGGAUGCACGCCAACUGCUCGACGAAAGUCCCAGGAGGAGGAGAAGCUUGCUGCGCAGCUGCACUGCGCCUUGCGCGCGCGCUGCGUGUGUUUUUUUUUAAAACAGCCUUGCCAAACGACGUCGUUUGGUCCAAGGCUCAGUCAAUUUUUUUUAAAUGACCUAGCCUCAAAACGACGUCGUUUUGGGCCAGGUAAAUAA